AGACUUGGGUUUACCAGCACAGCAUGCUGACCACUCUGCGUGGUUGUUCAGCUAAAACAUCUUCCCCAAAUAACGCUUCUCAUUCAGUGAGAGAAAAUACAGCUUCAGUGAAAACGGUACCUUUUACUGCAUGGAAUCGGCAACCCAGCUAAUCUGCAUUGUCUCAUUCCUGGGCUUUAGCGAAAUCCUGUGACUAAUUCCAUGUUUUCACAAAGGAGCAAUGCGGAGAUGGAAGAAAAGUGGCCAGAUCUAUGUCUUCUGAUCGGCAUUAAGCUACAGUUCAGCAACACCCUCCAGAGACUGUCCCAUUAGCUGCAGCCCACCUUUCUGUUAACACCAGCUCGGGAGCUCAGGACCUGACACAAAGAGCAAGAAGCGGCACUAGACAAGCAGCAGCGUGACUCGAGAGAUUCUCUUUUCACCUAAACAAACAGUAGUCGACACAAGUUAAAGUAUCAUAGAAUAGCAUGUGUUUUUCAGCAGCAACACGGGAACUUUUUCCAUUCAGCUUUUCCAGGGGAAUUUUGGCCUUUUCAACUUUCACUUGAAACCUUAAGAUUAUACAAAACCUAAGAAAUGAUCUUGAUUAAGGAGGUGAGGGGGGAGGCACCCCUUCUCCAACUAAGUGUUGGAGGAUUUCUCCUUGGCUGCUAAGGGUUUGUGUUGGGUAAAGAAACGCUCCUAACAAACCAGCAUUCUUUUCCACAUGAUCAGAGCUAACCGGCCCCCCUGCAGGCAAAAUGACCAAUCAAAUCAGCCUCAGAUGAAAACCAGCCCCCCCAGCACUAUAAAAAACAGGAAUGAGUCAUACAAACCCAUUUAAAAAAAUUUUUUUUUUGAAAAAAAGAAGAUCUCUACCAACCACUUGUGGGAAGUUCCUUGCCAGUGUUGGGACCAAUACACAAUACCAGCCCAGUCACUCUCCUGGAGCCAAGAUAUUCCCCUUCUCCUGCAUACAAACCCUUCAAAGACUGAAGAUGACAACAGAUAUGUUAGAGAGCAAUAACACCAAAUCCAGUGCUCCCCUCCUAACCCAAAGAUACCUGAGGAUGAUCACUAAGGAUGGACACAGCACAUUCCAGAUGGACGGUGCCCAAGGAAAAGGUCUGGCGUACCUCCGCGACGCAUGGGGAAUAUUAAUGGACAUGCGCUGGAGAUGGAUGAUGCUUGUCUUUUCUGCUUCUUUUGUCCUUCACUGGCUAGUCUUUGCAGUGCUUUGGUAUUUGCUUGCUGAGAUGAAUGGGGACCUGGAGCUGGACCACGAUGCUCCACCUGACAACCACACUAUAUGCGUUAAGUACAUCACCAGUUUCACAGCUGCUUUCUCCUUCUCACUGGAGACACAACUCACAAUUGGUUACGGCACGAUGUUCCCAAGCGGGGACUGUCCCAGCGCUAUUGCCCUGCUGGCAAUACAGAUGGUCCUGGGGCUCAUGCUGGAAGCCUUCAUCACAGGUGCUUUCGUGGCAAAGAUCGCCCGACCGAAGAAUCGGGCAUUCUCCAUCCGCUUCACCCGCUCUGCCGUGGUGACACACACCGAGGGGAAGCCGUGCCUCAUGUUCCAGGUGGCCAACACACGCUCCAGCCCACUGACUAGUGUCCAGAUUUCUGCUAUACUCUACCAAGAACAAGAGAAUGGGCAGCUGCACCAAACUAGCAUUGAUUUCCACCUAGACAGCAUUACUUCGGAUGAGUGUCCUUUUUUCACCUUUCCACUAACCUACUACCAUUCCAUCACUCCAUCCAGCCCCCUGGCUGCUCUCCUCCAACGAGAAGAUGCUCACCAUUUUGAGCUGGUUGUCUUCCUGUCAGCUGUGCAGGAGGGCACAGGAGAAAUGUGCCAAAGGAGAACAUCCUACCUCCCCUCCGAGAUCAUGCCGUACCAUCACUUCGCCUCCGUGCUAGUGCGCAAUGCCAAGGGUGAAUAUCAGAUCAAGAUGGAGAAUUUUGACAAGACCAUUCCUGAGCUCCCAGCUGCAGCCGACUCAAAGACUCCAAAAAAGACUGCCAAGGAGAUCCGCAUCAAUGGACAGCAUGCCGACAGUUUCCAGCUCUGCGAGACUGGCCUCACAGAAUAGAGAGAACAGAUCUAGAACUCUGGCCUUUUUUGAUCAUUAUUAUAUUAAAUUUUCAGGUUCCAUUUACGACCUUCCCUCCUUGCCUGCCCUGCCAUCUUCUAGCAAUCUUUCUCUUGUAUUCACAUCCUUUUGAUUACAUGAUGAUACACAGAGUAAAGAAAACUGGUGUGCCCAUGUAAGCUUAGGCUGGAUUAACCACCCAAAACAAAGGCACAAGAAUCACACGACUAAUUCCUGGAAAUUAAAAGAGCUACCUGCUGAAUUCACCAGACUAUGAUUAAAGCUGCACUGACCCUGAAAGAAAAGACAUUCAGAACUCCAAAAGCUGAGCAAAAUCAUAAUUAACCAGCUUUGUGACAAAAUGUACAAUAACACAGAAGAAAAAUCUCAGUCAAAAUCAAUAUGGUGUCAUUCAGUAAAUAUAUUAGUUCUGGGAUAAGCAACUGUUCAUCCAAGAUCCUAAUUUUUCUGUUCUAUUAACUCUUUGGGGAUAUGGGGUUAUAUUUUUCAGAUGGCUGCAUUCACUCUUUGAAAGCACUGCCAAUCUCCCAUGGCAGUGAAAAAUCACUCCUGCUGUGCUUAUUAAGCAAAACUGUAAAUACUAACUGUAGUUCUUCAUUCUGCCAAAUUGGAGGAGAACAUCCCAUCCCAAGACAGGUCUUUGAAGACACUAUCAACAAAUCUUGAUGUAUAUAACGGAUACUGCAGCGGAAAUUUUUUCAUAUCUGGAAACACUGAAUAAAUUAUUUAGCAGUGGAAAACAAACUGUUCUAGAUUAAUUAAUAUACUUCUUUUUUUACAGGACCAUACAUUCUACAUGUUCUCCCCUUUGUGUUGCUUGUCUCAAGUAGGUUUGACCCAGAAAGAUGCACUGUAUACAUGAGAAGUAGAACUGCAUCUAUCUGUAUUCUAUGCUUUAACAUCAAUAUUCGCCUGUACACAGAGCACAAAAAUAUUUAGAGACACCUGAAUCAAUUUUGAAAUAAAAAAUUGAAUCCAACUAUA